GGGGCGUUCUCCCUAGCCUUAUUCUCCUCUCUUUCUCUUCAUUAUCAUGCAUUCUCUCCUUCUGCCUCUGUAUCACUCCGUCCAUCUCUGAAGUCUGAACGAGGGAACAACUGAAGGAGUCCUCUGCUGUAUGAGUCAGACUCAAGGUCAAAGGAGAUCCCCAAUGGAGUGCUUCAACAGCCUACUCCUCAAACUGAGGGAGGUCCACGAGCGAGAGUUGGAGGGGUGGCAGGUGAAAAUCCAAGAGCUGUCCAACAAGAAGGGCUGUGAUACAAAGCGAAUGGAGGAACUGUUCACCAAAAACCAGCAGAUGAAAGAACAGCAGCGACUACUCACCGAGAACAUCAAGACACUGGAAAACAGGCUGAGAGCGGGGCUGUGUGACAGAUGUACAGUAACUCAGGAAGUAGCCAAGAGAAGACAACAGGAAUUUGAAGCUUCGCAGAUGCAGAGCCUCCAGCACAUCUCUCUACUAGCUGGAGAGAUGAACAACCUGAAAAAGGAAAACAAGAAACUCAGAGAUGAGCUCAGAAAUUUAAGAGCAGCAAUUGACAGAGGUCACAGUGACCUCUCCUCCAAUAGCAGCAGCACCACAGAGGUCAAAGCAAACAGCUCCCCUGACCUUUCACCCCCUUCUGGACCUGUGGCCCUCAUCACUUCAACAACCAGCAGGGCCACUAACCAUCCAGCAGAUGGCAAUGUUGCAGUAAAAACUGAGGCAGAGCCAAGACCCGAAGACACUGAACACAGACAACUGAGAGUGAUGAACCGGAGCCACUUUGAGUCAUACAAGCCUCUGGCCUGGAAGACAGAACAUAGUGUAACCCGUGCUGGAGAGAGGAGAGCUCAGAGCAUUGAAGGACUGGACCAGCGAUCCUCCAUCCCUCCUCAAACUCUCCUUCUCAGGAACUCCUCUUCCUCAACCAGUGGAGAAGUGAACCCCAGCAGACAUGUGCUCCAUGCUCCUGUCCCUUGCCGUCCUCAACCAGUCACGAGCCAUGUUACUCUUCCAUGGCCCUUAUCUGAGUCCCCCGACUGGGUGACUGCGGCUGCUUCAGGGACAGGCCUGGUAGUGCAACCUUCUCCCAAACCAAACCUGCUGCGCUUUCCCAACCUAAUCCCAUCUAGCCAGCAUGCCAGCUCCAGAAGGCAGGUUUUUGGUUCUCCCUGGCACAAGCAGAGCACCCCUCAGCCCCCUGCCAAGGAGCCAACAGUGGUGUUUAGGUUGCGAAAUCUGUCAGAGCAGGUGGAGAGUCAAAUGAAGCCUCAGGAGAAAAAGGAAAUCCCACCACCCAAGACUGAGAGGGUCUCAGGAGAAGGGCUUAAAGAGGUGUAUGAGGGGCCUCUGGACCUAUCGGAUCGAGGAAAAUCCAAAUCCAGCCAAAUGCGAAGAAAUGAUUCACCCCUAGCAUUACAACGUGGAGAGAAUGCACAGAGGAGCCCUGACAAGGAUGAGAAGACAAAUCUAUCUGCAUACGGACCAGUAUCAUCACCCUCUCCUGUCGCCCCUCCGUCUUCUACCCCACCAGUCAAACAAGAGGAAGAGUCUACCAGUGACCUUAACCACAAGCAGGUAAUGAAUGAGCAGGAGCAGGAAGAGGAGGUGAAUGAAAAGACGGACCAAAGCAAUGGGAAGAAAGUGCCUGUCCUCACCAUAUCAUUACGUCCAGCAGUAGUGGUGCUGGAGACUCUGAAUCCGGCUAUGCAAGAAUCUUUAUCAUCAAAUGCCAAAUCGACAUCACCAGCAGUUGAGCAAGGAGGCAGCUCAGAUGACCAGGACGAUGAGGACAGUGCGUCAGGACAAGAAAGCAACCAGGGCCACAAGAGGAAGCGAGCAUCAGUGGAGACGGAAACUGACAGAGACUCAGAAACAGACAAUGUCCAGCAGGAGAGGAAGAUCAAGAUCACAGUGAGAGCUGAGGAGAAGAGCCCUUGCUAAAGAGCAUGACAUCACAUUGACUUGGUGAUCUCACUCAAACAUGCAUCAACUGAUAGUUAUGGCCACCUGGGAGCAGUACAUCAACCUGUAAAUACAACACUUAGCCUACAUGUACCUUAUGAAGUUGAUAAUGAAUUGGCAAACAUUGGAGUAUUUAAACCAGCAGACAUGGAGCAACUUUCAUUAAUUUGCAUUCAUUUGGAAUUGUUUGUUUCUGGCCACCUGAUGAAUGGAAGUCCAAUAUUCACUCUCCUUUUAGCUCUUUCUCUUUGCUCUGCACCUUCUCCUCAGGGAAAUAUCUGGCUCUGUAAUUUCUGUAGAAAUUCAAAACCUUUUGCUAAAGCAUUAAUUGAAAACAACACAUGACUGAUUUCUGUCAAGAGACACUUGAGUGUUGAGUGAUUUAGUGUGAAGUGUUGAGCGACUUAGUGUUGUCAUAUAGCAGCCUUACUCUUGCUGUCUUCAUACAGCUUUGGGGUACCGCUUAGGUUACAUUCAUCUGACUGACUAAAGUUAGUUAAGUAACAUCCUGCUAACUGUAGGCUAUUGCAUAGCUAGCUUCCUAAUAAGCUACAAUUAAUAGAAUAAUAUUAAUGCAAUAAUUGUCCAAAAUGGCAAAAAUAGGUAGCCUGUUUCAUUAUCAAUAUACGUUGACACUCACUUCCGUUGUGGCUAUUGCAUUUGGGAUUUCCAUACAUUUGCUUGCAUUUUUGAACUUUGCAAAGCGUUUUUGAUGCAGUACAUUUGAGACGCCUCAGCCACCGUAAUAGAACACAACCGAUAUGAAGUUUUCAUCAAUACAGUGCUUUAUCCUGGCUUCAAGGCAGUCUUUUAUAUAAGGGGUGGAUUCCCCAGGAAUUUGUAAAACUUUUUUAAAAUAGCCCUAAACCUUGGUUUUGGCCUCUUGGGGCAGCAUAAUCAAGGUGUGAAAGGAACAAUGAUGUAUUAUCACCUUAUAAAGUUGCUGUGGCAAACAGUGUUAAUUUUGUUGCCGAAAAUUUUUUACGACAAAGACGAGACAACGACGAGCUAAAAAUAGAUCUUGAUAAUAAAAACUAAGAUGAAAUCUAUGUUUCAUUUUUAUUGACGAGACAAGACAUGACAGAAAUGUUAGUGGUGGACUAUCGGACAUUGAAAGCCGAGAACGGCCAUGCUUGCAAUUACCUUUGCCACAUGAGUGACAGGCUGGUAAACUCCAGUAAAUAGUCAGCGGCAGGAUGUUUCGCUAGCCAGCAAAUAUACUCCCACUACAGAAGCAUCAGCCGUUGGUUCAAGCUGUGAGCUAUAAUUAAUUAAUUAAUAAAUAAUCAGAUGUGUGUGUCUGACUGUGGAUGGUGGAGCUGCUGAAUGGAUUUGUUGAGUUUGUUAUUUACAGUGGUGGCUGUUAGCAGCUAGCUCCGCUUGUUAGCAGCUGAAUGGCAGUGGAGCAAGCAGCUACCAGCUGCUGGACUUCACAUCUGUUGAACUCUAGUCAGUCCAAGCUUUUUGUAAGUGUGUAGAAAUUAUUUGUAGUUGAAGAAAAAAAUUGUCCAAAUGAAAUUUUUAUACAACCUGUCACCUUGAUUCUAAUUUCUGAUACAUGAAUUAGCCUUAACUGGAUCAGUUUAAAGACACAAAAAAACAUAUAGAAAACAUAAUGACUUAAAGUUGACUAAAAUGUCAUCAACUAAAACUAAUAAGGAUAGAAUUGACUAAAAUGUGACUAAAACUAAUCAGUAUUUUCAUCUCAAGCUUAAAGACAUAAUCCAAAAUAGCUGUCAAAGUUAACACAGGUGGCAAAAGCAAACAGAUGCCUAUCUACACAUCUAACAGACACAGAGCAACAUUAGUGUUCAUUUGGAGUCUCCAGCAGCUCUUGAGAAAAAUACCCCUGGAGUUAGCAAGAGGCUAAUUUUUUCUAUCUGCUGUUUGUUGUUGAGCAGGAAGCGUUUAAACUAAAUGGCUGGCUGCUUGCUGUGGCUGUAGAUGACGCUGAUCAGACAGACAAAAGUGAAUCACAACAGUCAAACAGUAGUGUGUAUUUGUGUGCGGCGCUAUGGCCCACCCCCGCAACCGGCAAAUUACAAGCUCUCUCAAAUUUUCCAGCAUAAUAAAUACACAAAAGAAUGUCAAAUGCAAAAAAUAUUUUUUUAUCUUUAUCUAUUUUCUCUUUUAAACAGUGAAAUACGGUCGCACACUUUUUGAAUUCAAGUUUUUCUCUUUCACUGAACUAUGCUAGGCUUAACUGCUUCGUUUAGUCACAGUAAAACACUCUUCAUUCAAACUCAACAGAAACAAAAUAAAACUCAACAAAACAGUCUUGAUUAGUCUUGUUAGCCCUUUAGUUAGUCAGUCCACUGUUCCAACCAUCACCAACUCUGGUUUGGUCCAAAUAAACCCUUAAUUCGCCAAGUUAGGUGUGAAAAGGCGGUCCUGUUAUGUUUAUCUCCACCACUCGCAGCCAGCUCAGCUGCCUCUUGCACCACAAUUUUAAUUUUAAGUAUUUUGCACAUUAGCAUUCUGUUUAGCAGCUUAUAGCGGUUUGUUGGAUAACUGAGACAACACCACCUUGGAAAGUCACACAUUUUCUUACACUUACCAGCUCACUGUCACAAGGCACAACUCAAACAGCCACCCAGAAUAUGACCAACUGAAGACGGGUGCAGUAACUGAAAGUCUUCCUGUAGAAAGUUGAGAAAUUUAAAUUACUUCUGUUCAGUCUCCUCUGAGCUGUUGAUUUGUCAAUUGAUCACCACAACUAUUGCAGUAGAAUUAACUGAAUUUACAUGGAGUUUUUACAGUCCUGGCAACCGCUCAAAGCGCUGUUCAACACCAGCCCCAUUCACGAAUUCAAACACACAUUUACACACUGGUGGCUGAGGCUACCAUGAAAGGUCAUCAGGUCAAAGUUGAACACACAUUUUCACAAUUUGGGGGCUCAGUAUCUUGCCCAAGGACAGUUAGACAUGUAGGCUGCAGGGGCCACGGAUUGAACCAUCAAUAAUUAGACGACAGCUCUACCUCCCUAGCCACAGCCACCCCAGUACUACCAUCAUCACCACUAGUGUCAUCCCUCCACAGUUAACAGCACUAUCCGUCCCCUUUUCUGAAAUACUGAAAAAUGUCAAGGUAAUAAACUAACUUUUAACCUUUACUCAUACAUUUCUAAUUAAAAUGCACUAUACUGUUUUAAAUCAAAAUUGCAUAAUUUUUUUUUUUUUUUUUUGGGGUCUUACUGCCAACCAAGACAAACCUAAAACCUCCAUUCUCUUCUCCAACAUUCAUCACACACUAUUAUGAUUUAAUGUAAGAUGUUUAUAAUUAUUUUACUUUGCUGGCACUUCUGUCACUGCCGGGAUAUUUUAUCACUUUACCUCUCUUCAUCUCAACCCAUCUUAAGUGAACAACAAAAAAAGAACAAGAAAAGAAAGAACACAGAAACAUGUUCCUCUUCCUCUUUUUUAUUUUCAGAAUUCACACAUUUUGCAAGUAUUAACUUUCCGUUUACAGCUGUUACAGCCUGUGGUUAGGCGGGUGGAUGGAGGAGAUAAAAGCGCAGUGACGGAGCCAACCUAUACUUUUGUGAUACGCCCUGCAAAGUCAGUGUGUCUAUUUUGUGUAAAUAUAUAAAACAUUUUCAAAGUGGAGAUGGUAAUCAAUAGGCAGCAUGAGCCAAUACUUACCCUUAAUAUGAGAUUAUUUUUUCAAAAGUGUGCACUUUUUAUUAUCUUGUGUGUGAAAACCUGUGCAGUCCUAAUGCUGUUAUAUUGAUUUCUACUGUGUCUAUUAUGUCUCUCUAAUGCCAUUAGAGUCCAUUAAGUAUCAUACUUUGUGAAAGGUCAGUGGACAAAAUAGCUCUCUCUGUCAUUUCCUGCCAUUCACCUCUCUCUGUUAAUUAAAGUGUGAUUUCACUGUGCUGCUGUAAGUUUACUAUUGUGCUUUGUCUGUUACAGUAAUGUUAAUCCAUCAAGUUAAAUGCUAUGUUAUUGUGUGGUCUUAAAAGAUAUUGUGGUUUUAGAAUGAAACAAUGUAUACUCCUAGAAACUGUUAUCUGAAUACACUACUUAAAAUGCUGAAAUAAAUUUCUGUUCUUAAA